GAGGGGGUGGGGGAGGCGGGAAGAGAGAAAGGGAGCAAUUGCUCCAGCAGCUGAUCUGCUGCAGCCGCCUGCAAGGUUCCUUCCCAUCCCAGCCAGGGCAGCGUGCGCCUAGCCUGAAGGAAGGGUCCGGGCGAAGAGGCGAGGCGGGCGGGCAGACCAACAAGCAAGUGGCCCCGGGGGCGCUCGGGCCAUGCCGCGUGGCUGCGAGGCGCGCGCCGAGCCCCGGAGACGAUGCCACGCAGGCAGGGAGCAACAGGCGGCCGGCGCGGCGGCGGCGGCUCCCCCUAGUUCGAGAUGCCCAGGGCGGGCAGCCGGGAGCGGCAGCCUCGGCUAGAGCAGCAGGCCUAGGAAGCCUCCCGAGCGGGGAAGGAGGGCCCCAGGAGGCGCCUCCGGCUGUGCCCGGAGCGACCCGAGGAGAACUUUUCCCUCUGCCGAGAUGAACAAGCUCCGGAAGCUUUUCCGAGGCAGCGGGCGAGCCUUGGCCUUCAUCUUCGCCGCCUCGGUGGUGUGGCUGCUCUUCGACAUGGCAGCGCUGCGCCUCUCCUUCGGCGAGAUCAACACCCGCGUCCUCAAGGAGGAGAUGGUGCGGCGGGAGAGGCUGCGCGGCUGGCGGGAGAAGAGCCUCGACGGCGCCCGACGAGGAGAGGAGCCCCGGGCGCCGCCAGGGGCGCUGCCAAGGAGCCUCGAGGAGAAGGGACGCGACGGCCUGAGCAAGAAGAGGGGGAAGCCGGGCGCGCAAUGGAGGCGCGCAACCCCCCAAGCGGCGGCAGCAGCUCCCAGCCUGCACUGGACGGUCGACGUCCGGAGCCACGCUCCGUCCGCCCCCGCGGAGAAGAAAUCGAGCGCGGAGGCCGGCUCCCCUCGCCCGCCGCCCACAAAGCCGCCUCUUGCCGGCGGGUCGCCGGGGCGGGCGCUCGGCGCUCCUGCCGUCGGAAGCAAAGUCGCCGCCAAAGGGCCCGGGCCGUUAAGCAUGGGAUCCAGGGGGAGAGAGGCGGCCGUUUUUAUACCCGAAGGUGGAUUAGGGGAGAAAGGCGCCUUGGCUGGAUUGCCCACCAACGGAAGCAAAUCUGAGGGACCUCGGGGCAGCCCCGGGCUACUGAGCGGGCCAAAUGUCCCUGCAAAGCGGCCCGGGGGCCUGGAUUUGCCUGCCGCUUCGGAAGCAGCGCAGAAGUCUCCGGGUGCGCCACGUCCAGGAAAGCUGUCCGAGGAGGAGGCGGCCAGAAUUGCCGGUGCAAAAGUCGUCCUGCCUAACCAAGUGGUGCUUAUAAGCAAGGAGGGAGCGCGGGUGGUCUCCGCGGCCGCGCAGGCUCCCGAAGGCGGAGGACGUGGAGCCGUCGGGGAAAAGGCGCGAGUGACUGCGGGCAAAAUCCAUGAGGGCCCGAGAGCGGCGGGGGCGACCCAGGAGGUCGCUGUUAAGGGAGCGGCGGCGACCCUCAAAGUUAUUCCAGUUGGAAAGGCCGAGCUAGGGAAGGCCGAUGGGGCCCGUUCCGCCCAUCAGGACCAAUCAAGGCAAACCAAUGGGACCCAUUUCACAGAAAGGGCCAAGCUGCACAAAGUGUUGACCAUUGAUAGGACCUUGGCCCCCAGGGACCCCAAAGCGCUGGGUCAAUAUGGGCGCCCGGCGGUGGUCCCAGGCGAGAAGGAAGAGGAGGCGAAAAGGAGGUGGAAGGAGGGGAACUUCAAUGUCUUCCUAAGUGACCUCAUCCCACUAGACCGAGCCAUCGAGGACACAAGGCCCGUUGGGUAAGAGACCCGAUUUCUUGCCUUGCACAAGUCUAGACUUGGGCUGGCAUGUAUUGCCCAGUGAUCAAAUGGAUUUUAUGCCAGUUGCUUAGCGUUAGUUGCCAAUAAAUCUUGAGCAGCAAUGGAAACAUUAACAUUUAGCGUAAAAAGAAACUCAUCCCCAUUCAUUUUAUGGGAAGCCACAACAAUGCUUUUCAUAUACUGGGUGCAAGUACUGCCUUUGUACCUUGGCUGUCGAACGGCUUGGCUCCCAAACAUAGCAGCUCCCAAAUGCCACAAACCUGGAAGUAAGUGUUCCAGUUUGUGAACAUUUUUUGGAAGCUAUACGUCCGAUGCGGCUUCCGAUUGAGUACAGGAAGCUUCUGCAGUCAAUCAGAAGCUGCACCUUGGUUUUCGAAUGGUUCCGGGAGUUGAACGGACUCAUGGAACGGAUUAAGUUCGACAACCAAGUACCAUUGUACACAGUUUUAAGACUUGCUCCCACUUUAACUUAAAGUAUCAACUGGAAACAAGCAUCCUAUAUAGUCUUAAUUAAUCCAAAUUAACACCUUAAUUUAAUAUGUGUGUUUAUAAUAACCAUUUCUUAAAUUUUAACAUCCAGCCUUACACACGCAUGCAAAAAUGAUUAUAAUAUACUUAUAGUAAACAAAUCCCUGUGUCCCUGAAUAAUGCUACCUUUUUCCUGCAGCUAAGCUGAGAAGCGAGCUAAAGUUUUUUAAGGUUCUCAAUGAACCCUGUUUUCUGGCUCACACUAGCUCUCCAAAUCAGGGCCGUGUUGUUGAUAGGUAAUCACUGUACCUAUAGGAUGUAUAUAGGAUGAAACGUUUCAUUACUACGUUGCCUGGCUUCAUAGUUCAUGGCAUUGUAGCUGUUCUCUAUAGCGGUGGCUUGAAUUAAUAAACUGUCCGGUGAUAGGUUCUUCCUAUAUUGUAUAUGUAGAUACAGUGCUAUCUCUGGAUGCGAACGGGAUCCGUUCCGGAGCCCCAUUUGCAUCCUGAAGCAAACAUAACAAGCGUCUGCAUGUGCACGGGUCACGUCUCGCCGCUUCAGCGCAUGCGUGUGAUGUCAUUUUGAGUGUCUACGCAUGCGCGAGCAGCGAAACCUGGAAGUAACGUGCUCCUUUACUUCCUGGUUGCCAUGGAGCACAACCCGAAAAUACUCAUCCUGAAGCUACUUCGACCCAAGGUAUGACUGUAACAGGUCCUGGCUUGGUUGAGUGCUAACCUAACCUGGGCACUAGGUGGCAGUAGAAUUGAAGAAAUGUCUGGAACAGGAUGCUCUUGGGUCUGUUGAGGUGUUCUGUGUAACCCAAGAAAAUUAACAAAAAGAACAUGCAGGCCAUUGGAGUGUUUAAUUCAGAGUGGAGUUGCUCUUUUAGUUCCAGCAUCAUGUCUCCUCCUACCAAGUGUGUGUUGCAAAAAAAGCCCCAACACGCAAACAGCUAUGUACAUGUUAGGGGCUCCAUCAGGUUUCCUUGGAGCCUCUGCACGCGAGCUGCUGUUGGACUACAACUCCCAUCACCUCCAGCCAGCAUGUCCAGUGGUCAGGGAUGAUGGGAGUUGUAGUCCAUGCCAUCUGGAGGUCCAAAGGGUCCAUCGCUCUAACCAUUGAUCACACUGGGACUCCAUCCUGGAAGAUGAGGUUUUUUCCACUGUGGAUCAUUCUGACAUGUGUUGGCAAUAUACAAAAUAUCUGUUAAGCUCCUCUGAUGGAAAGGAAGCACUUCAAGAGGGAGCUUGCCUUGCUGGAUUUGAUGCUGGGAGUGGGCUGAUUCUCUGCAUUUCUUGAUUGCUGCACUCAGUAUAGAGUGAGGUGGGGGGGCAGGUAUAUUUUCCAGAGCGGCUGUGGAUUGUUCUAAUAUUUUCUGUUUGCGCAGUAGUUCAGCCUGAGAGCCAUUAUUAUAAACUCUCAAGAGUUAAGUGGGGGAAUUCUCCCAGGCAAAUCCAGCGCAUUGCUGUAAGAGGAGACAGAGUCAACUCUUUUGAACGGCGAUGUGGAGGAACUCAAACAUUGGGACGUGGCUCAGCCGCUGCUCAAGUGUAUGAGGGCUGGGAGAAAUAAUGGGAAGAUGCUUGAGCUUCAAGAAUCUUGCGUGAUCCCUUGCACUGAAUUCAAGCAGCACAGUCCGAAGAAGUUUUGCUCAGAAGCCAGUCGUACUUAUUCCAAUAGGAUCUGCUCCCUAAUCUUAAAGGUAAAGGGACCCCUGACCAUUAGGUCCAGUCGUGACCGACUCUAGGGUUGCGGUGCUCAUCUCGCUUUAUUGGCCGAGGGAGCCGGUGUACAGCUUCCGGGUCAUGUGGCCAGCAUGACGAAGCCGCUUCUGGCGAACCAGAGCAGCGCACGGAAACGCAGUUUACCUUCCCGCCGGAGCGGUACCUAUUUAUCUACUUGCACUUUUACAUGCUUUCGAACUGCUAGGUUGGCAGGAGCAGGGACUGAGCAAUGGGAGCUCACCCCACCCCGUUGCGGGGAUUCGAACCGCCAACCUUCUGAUCGGCAAGUCCUAGGCUCUGUGGUUUAACCCACAGCGCCACCCAUGUCCCCGCUCCCCAAUCUUAUUUUUGGCCAAUUGCAGCAUUGAGGAACCUCCAGCCCGCAGUCCUAAUGAACACCCCCUGAGCUUUCUCAACUAAGUCACCCAUCUGCCCUACCCUUCAUAGAAUUGUACAGUUGAAAGAAACCACAAGGGUCAUUUAGCCCAACCCUCUGCAGUGCAGGAAUCUUUUGCCCAACACAGGGCUCAAACUCACAACCCUGAGAUUAAGAAUAUCAUGCUCUAACAACUGAGCUGUCCCAGAGGAUGUGUAUGUCGUCAGAUGUGUGUCUAGGCCCAAAAGGGGUUUGCAGAGCCCCGUGCAUUGCUUUUUGCAAGCCCCGGCCAUCAGCUGACCAGCAGGACUCUCAUAAAACGGCACGCAUCUCUUUGAACACUUGACAAUCGGCUGGUGGUUGGUGCUUGCACCACGCUGUGUAUGGGUUCUCUGCAAGCUCCGAAGAUCAGCGGAUUGUUAGCACUACAAAGUUUCGUGAGAGGCAUAAUCCUCUCUUCCAAUUUUAAUUUUAAACCCCGUGGGCAAAAUCAUUCUGAUGCCAGGUGGCUUUACAGGUGAGGGGUCACCAACAUGAAAUGUGGCGGGUGGGGGUGGGGACAGAAGGAUCCAGGCAGCUGACCGGAUCUAGUUCCUUGCCCUUUAUCUGUCAUGCUUCGUUAGCGCUGAUUACAAUGCUUUUUGAUAAGAUAAAGUGGCUUGUAAAACGUUUUCAAUGAAUAGAUGUGCCUGUUGUUGCCAGUCCUACCAUUAGGCAGAGUGAGGCGGCAGCCUCAGGCGGUAGAAGCUGGGAGGGCAGAGCAGGACAUGGCCUGCUCUGUGCCGCUCCCUAAGCUAGCCAGCUGCCCUCAGGACUCACAUUUUUAGAGCUGAAGUGAGGUUUGAUGGCCAGUCUUGUCAGCUUCUCGAUAUGGAAUUGUGCAGGAGGGAACGCCAACUCACCCUUUGCCUCAGGCAGCAAAAUGUCCUGGUCCGGCCCUGAGUAUUACCUCAUUAAGUGGCCAUAGGAUUGUGGCCUGAGCCACUGGAGUAAGGUGUUCUGCUAUCCUAUUCUUUCUUAAUUGAAAGUCCCACAACAGCAUAAAUCUGCAGGGCGUGUGCACUCAGGGCACUGUGUCAGAGUCCAAAGUAGAAGUGGUGUCUACGGAAAUGAGCCUGCAGUUUUCUCGGUCAAGAUGUCCAGCCCAGUUGUGGGAGUGUUAAUUCAGGCAUCGGAGUACACACAGAAAACUGGAAAGUUGUCCAUCAGAUUAGGUAGCCUGCACUGUUACCGCAAAGCUAGCAGAACAGUUAGUGACGCACUCGUUCACUCAAGGGGGGGGUGGGGAAACUGUUUCUUUUUGCAGCUUUGAAUACGGAGCACAAGGAUUUCCUUUUUAGCUUAUCGGCUUUGGAGAACGAACGUUCCUGCCCAUGAGGGAAAUCAAUUGCCAAAGUGUGUCAGGGUGUAUCGGCUGGGAUAGGCCGGUUGCAGACUCCAAACAAGCAAACAGUCAGCCACUGAUACAGGACACCCUUAACUUUCAUCGUUCACAUCAGCGAAGCAACUUGUUUGCUCUGCGUAUGUCGACAAGGAAGUUGUGUGAGUGUAUCGUUGACGCUGAACAAGUUUCUCCACUGUGAACAUGCUGAAAAGUUUGCUUUGGCAAACAAGUAUUUCCUCUAAAAUCUGCCUAGGGUGGUGGAUGUUGUUGGGUUUUUUUUAAAAAAAAACCCCACACUUUAUUAUUAUUAUUAUUGUUAUUGUCACGUUUAAAUUAUUUAAAAUGCCCUGGGAGUUUGUUUUAUCCUAGUGGAGGGCUUGAGGUAACGCUUUUACUGUUGAGGUCUGUGUACACACCAUACAUUUAAAGCACAUAUUGUCUCCCUCCCCCAGGAAUCGUGGGAACUGUAGUUUACCCCCUCACACAUACAGAGACAGCUAUUAUUCCCAGCACCCUUAACAAACUACAGUUCCCAGCAUUCUUUGAGGGAGAAAUGAGUUUUAAAUGUAUGGUGUGAAUGUAGCCAGGAGCUACAUUGCCUCAGGAGCAAUUUGUUUGGGGGCGGGGGCAGGGCCAGGUAGGUGAGGUCCAAAUCCAAAGUUGUUACGGCCCUCUUUCUUUCUUUCUUUCCUUCCUUCCUUCUUUCUUUCCUUCUUUCUUUCUUUCUUUCUUUCUUUCUUUCUUUCUUUCUUUCUUUCUUUCUUCCUCCCUCCCUCCCUCCCUCUCUCUCUCUCUCUCUCUCUCUCUCUCUCUUUCUUUCUGCCACCUCCUUUUCUAUUUGUAUUUUUCUCUGUCUCAUUCCGCUACCUCUUCCCCCACCCGCCUGUUCCCCUCCUUCCUAGCCACUCAGGUGAUAUUGUCCCGGGGGUGUAGAUACCCCACCUCUCCUCUACUGCAAGGACAAUCCUGGUAUAACACAGUGAGGCUUUCUUUAGGCUGCUCAGCCUCCCCGCCUGCUCAGCUGAUACGCAGGGUAGCGGAGCAGCUGCCACAGACACUUUCCUGCAUAUCCUCCAGCCUCCAGAGCUUCAACUCUAGUUAUUUUAGUCUGGAUUAGAGAGAGACCUGGAGAGUAGGGGGGAAUAGGGAUUUAGAGGCUUUUUAGAGGGUGCUCUCCCACUUUAUGCAAUUACAGUGGUACCUCGAGUUAAGUACUUAAUUCGUUCCGGAGGUCUGUUCUUAACCUGAAGCACCACUUUAGCUAAUGGGGCCUCCCGCUGCUGCCGCGCCGCCGGAGCACAAUUUCUGUUCUCAUCCUGAAGCAAAUUUCUUAACCCGAGGUACUAUUUCUGGGUUAGCAGAGUCUGUAACCUGAAGCUUAUGUAACCUGAAGCGUAUGUAACCCGAGGUACCACUGUACACUUAUGUGCAUGAGGGCCUGGGACGUAACCCCCAUGUAAGUGGAGGGGAUGCUUGCACCAUAUAUUACAGGUUCACCUUCCAUGCGCCUACCUCAUAGCACCAGCAGUGAAUGUACCUGCCUUAUACCAGGUCAGGCCAUUUGUUCAUCAAGCCAAGAUUCUCUAGUCUGACGGCAGUGGCUCUCCAGCGUCUUUUCCACCAUCUCUCUCUCUCUCUCUCUCUCUCUCUCUCUCUCUCUCUCUCUCUUUUUCUAACUUCCCUUGCUGUGAGGGCUGCUUGGAAAUUCCAGCCAUCUCCCCAAACAAAACGUCCCAGAGGCAAGGGAGGCAAAGAUAUGGAUAUGGGGGAACAACAACCACAUAAAACAUUCUCAAGGAACAAUCGAGAGAAUGGACUCUGUGAGAAGUUCUUUGGUAGGAUGUUGUGGCCUUCUCAAGAUCCCCUUGAAGAUAUUGGAGCUUAGGGAGCGAAGGCCCCCCUUAAGGCACCACAUCAAGCCCACCAAUGAAUUGCAAAUAGUAAUGGAGAGAAAUGCUUUUCCCUCAGCCUUUUGUUCAAGCAGGAAAGACUCAGACCUGACCCAGCCCUUUGCCUCCUCCUCCUUUUUACUGCCAUGAAAUGAAAUGACAAAUUCAUUGAAAUGGGAGAAAUUUUUAUCGCCCCCUCAGAUCUGCAGAUUUUGUUCUGUUCCUUCUUGAUAUAUAGGCCUAGUGGGCUACAUUCAGACCUUGUUGCUUUGCAGACAUCAGCGUUCGCUGGCUUAGGUAGAGCGAAAGGAGAGGCUUUUAUUUUGACAAGCUAACAACAACAACAAAAGUUUUGCAAAUACAGUGGUACCUUGGGUUAAGUACUUAAUUCGUUCCGGAGGUCCGUUCUUAACCUGAAACUGUUCUUAAUCUGAAGCACCACUUUAACUAAUGAUGCCUCCCACUGCUGCUGCGCCGCCGGAGCCCGAUUUCUGUUCUUAUCCUGAAGCAAAGUUCUUAACCUGAAGCACUAUUUCUAGGUUAGCGGAGUGUGUAACCUGAAGCGUGUGUAACCCGAGGCAUAUGUAAUCCGAGGUACCACUGUAUUAUUAUGGUUGCUAGUUAGUCGCUUUGCUCUUAGAAAUGUCUCAAAGUGACUACAAACAACAGAAAUAAUGAAAACCAGUUGUAGUAAACACAGAGGGAGGAGAAGAAGGGGAUGCAGUGGUCAAAGUCCUUGCAUUGAAUUGGGCUGCCAGGAAGCAUCCCCAGGGAGAACGUUUCUUAGCUGGGUUGCAACACCUGAGAAGUCCCUCUCCAGUCACCACCCAUGUAACCCUACAUGGCAGAGGUGCCUGGGGAAUGCCUUCAGAAGCACUUGCAAUGUUCUGUUUUGCAUUUUUUACAUUUUCCAUUUAAAGUACCCUUUUUGCCAGUAAAAUAAUUGGCCCACUUCAAGGUUUUAACUUAACUGGCCCUGCGGCUCCCAGUCUCUGCAGCCUGCUUUGGCCGCAGUGUUCCACAGUGUAUUUAUUUAAUCAUGAUUAACAAGGACGAAUGGCUACACAGCGGCUAAGGAAGUAUAAAUAGGCAUUUUAGCUGUUUUUCCUUAUUGCUGGAGUCUUAACGUUUCAGUGUUUUAUAUCUUCUCACAUUCCUACUUCUAUGAAGCAUGGAGAAACUACUGUAAUUUCUUAUAGGAUUUCACACAUCCGGCCUGCAGCCACUAGAGUGCACUAGAAAUCUAUUUUCCACCUCUUCCGGAAUAAAACUAGGAUUGUUUGUAUCUGUUUCCAAACUGAAAAUCACUUCGGAAUACAGUCAUACGUUUGCUUCAGGUUGCGCGUUUUCAGGUUGCAUCCCGCGGCGACCCGGAAGUACCAGAAAGGGCUACUUCCGGGUUUCGCCGCAUGCGCAGACGCGCAAAAUGACCGCAUGCGCAGAAGCAACGAAUCAUGACCUGCAGACGCACAGAUGCGGGUUGCGUUCUUUUCAGGUUGUGAAUGGGCCUCCGGAACAGAUCCCGUUCGCAACCAGAGGUACCACUGAACUGUAUUGAGCUUGCAUUCUAAGGAGCCCCCAGUGUUAGUUUAACUACAGUAAUUAGACGAGACUAGGAAAUUUGUUUUGUGUGUGUGGUUUUUCACCCUCCCUGCAUAGGCAACCAAAGUUCAGGUCCAGCCCAGUUCGCAAUGCUGCCAGUUGCUCCUCCCAUUUCCUAUCCUUGUAGUGGUUGUGACAGCAAUGGAGAGAUUCAGAAGAAGGGCUCCCUUCAGUCCCCUAGUACUGACAUCCUAGACUCAAGGGGCCAUAGGUUUGUAGUUCCCAUGGCUCCUGGGCAUGUGAGGAGCUAUGGGAACUACAUUUCCCUUGGCCCAUUGUACCUAGGCCUAACAGAGGUUCCACUUUGAAGCUUCCCAGGAAGAGAUUGCUUCCUCACGAAGCACACACUUAAACCGGAGAGGGCUCUCUCCCACAAGGAGGCAGUGAUAGCGACCAACUUGGACAGCUUUAAAAGAGGAUUAGUCCAGUUCAUUGUGCUUUGCCGCCACAGUCAGAGACAGUAUCUUUCUGAAAAGCGGUCGCUGGAAACCACAGGAGGGGGACAGUGCUCCUGAGCUCAGGUCCUACCUGUCAGCUUCCUGUGGGCAUCUGGUUGGCCAUUGGGAGAACAGGGACUGUGUUUGAGGUUGUCUAAGAGCUCUUCUGUGUUUAAAUCUGUGCUGCAUGUUUUACACAUUGCUGUUAUUACCAUUCGUUUACUGUUCCGCCUCCAAGGUGUGUGUAUCACAUCAUUCCAUUUCUCCAGUGUUAGAAACUCAUAUGCACAAGCUAGGUGCCAAAUAGCUCCUUAAAACCAAGGUUGCAGGUGCCAGAAACAAAAUGUCUAGCUGUCAUUUUUAGCCAAGAAGGCUCUAAAGUCCUUUUUUUUUUCUUUUUUAAGGAUGGGCUGUCUUUGACAGAUUAUCAGUUAAACAUCUGGCUAGUUCAGAUGACAACCUUGAGCUAGGUUAAGAGCUUUGAGAACUUUAUCCAGGGACAGUCCACAUAUAUAUUUGUUGACUCCUACAUCUUUUUUUUCUUAAUGGUGACAUGGACCAUUCAAAAUGUAAGAAUAUUCUGCAGGGCAGUGGGCUGGAGUGAGUGAAGGCAAGCUACAACAAUUAGCUAUGAUGUUUUUCAUUGCUCCUGCUCAGGCUGCACAGAAAAAGCAUUUCGCUUCCGGAAAUUUAUUCUGAUGGUGCAGAUAAAACAUAACUGAUAGAAUUCUAUGGGAUGUGGUGUGAGAAAACAGCCAAGAUCCAAAACUCCCCAGGCAUGCACCUCCAGCUGGUGAUGUCAGGCGCCAUCCUGGCACCCAGGCAUCUUCACUUGGACGCAAGCAGUCAACAGUCAGGCACAAAAUGCGCCUGGCGCCUGGCCAAUUUCAAACACUGCAUUUCUCCACCCAGCCCUCAAAAACUCUUAAGAGGAAGUAUUACCCCAAAAGUCCCCAAGUCGGCCAGUGAGAUCUAUGGUUAAGGAAGGAUAUGUACUCAUAUUUUCCCUGUCCUGAUAUUGUAUCUGCUACUCCACCCUGCCACAUGCAACUCCACAGCUUUUUAGACGACAGGAAGGAAGAUUUGCUCCUAUUCUGCACCUGUGCUUUUUAUCUACCAUGCUUUUGCUGGUCACCCAUAAGUUGUCACAGUGCAGGUGGAUAAUGAACAGUUGCCUGUUGCAAUGCCAAUCAGACAGCGAGAUGGAUGUCAGGAGUACAGGCAAGCCAUGCAUUGGUUUUCUCUUUAAAUAGCCACUGGAUGCUUUUUCUGUUUGUUAGCUUAUACCACGGGAUUCACACACAUGCCGCCCUCCACAGCUGGCUUCCAUAUACUGCAAAAUCCACAGGACAUCUGCUCUUUCACUUCUCCUGACUUCCAGUUCAUUAUAACACACUGCACUUGCCAAGCCAUAAAAAAAAAAAGUUACUCCUCUGGAAAAAUCAUUUGUGCGUCUUGGUUUUUCAAGACUAGGUUGGCCACCCUGCUUGUUCUGAGCUGGCAGGUGCUCUCUUAAACACAGAAGCUGACUAGCAGCAACACAGGCUGUAGACUAGAUCAGUGGUUCCCAAUUGGUGGCUGGUGGACCCCCAGGGGGGUCCGCAUAACCCACACAGGGCGUCUGUGACACCAUGCACAUAACAAGAGCUAUUACAGAGAUACCAAAUUUUUCAAACAUUAGGGGCUACAUAGCUUGGCUUUUGAAAAACAGGGGGUCUGCAGUACUUACCGUAUUUUUCGCUCCAUAAGACGCACCUAGUUUUAGAGGGGGAGAACAAGAAAAAAACUUAUCACCCUGUCCUCGCAGCGCCCCUUCAGCGAAGCGGCAGGAGAAGCGGAGCCCCUUCCAUUUCUCCUCCCGCUUCACUGAAGGGGCGCUGCGCAGAGAGGGAAAGCUGUGCAGCGCCUCUCCAGAGAAGCGAAGCCAGGAGAGCAAGAGGGAUCGGUGCGCACCGAUCCCUCUUGCACUCCUGGCUUCAGCGAAAGCAACGCGAAGCCUCCUAAGCACAGUGGGAGCGCUCCCACUGCGCUCAGGAGGCUUCAGGCGGCUAUCCCUGAAGCCAGAAGAGCAAGAGGGAUCGGUGCACACUGAUCCCUCUUGCUCUCCUGGCUUCAGCGAAAGCUGCACAGCCUGCAUUCACUCCAUAAGAUGCACACACAUUUCCCCUUACUUUUUAGGAGGGGGAAAGUGCGUCUUAUAGAGUGAAAAAUAUGGUAGCUAAUUGGGUACCACUGGUCUAGGUGAUGGUGGUGAUGUUUUGAUUGAAUCUGCCUGAGUGGCAAAAAAUCAGGAAUUAUAGCAACUAAUCCCUGGAUCUUAUGAAGUUCCUCUCCAUUAAAAGGAGACUCAUUAACAUAGUCUAUUUUUAUUGAUGUUAGCUCCUGACAGGAAAGUACAACCACUUCCUUUCUUGCCUGCUCAACCCCUGAUGUCGGUGCUGACCAGCAUGAUAGUGCUACAUGGAAAUUUGUUCCUUGGUUCCCUUCGUUCCUUUUGGUUGAAAACAUCACUAGCAUUUAUUUGGAUUUUAUCAUGGGUUGCCAGGGCAGGUUGAAACAAUUUUUAAAAAAAAUACUCCAUACACAAUCAAAAAAUAGUUACGACCGUAAAAUAAGAGAAGCAGAAAACAAUUACAAACAUUUCCAUACAUAAAAACAGUGGGAAAUAGUUCCAGUGCAGAUGCAGGCUGUGAUAAAGGCUUUGUUGAAAGAGGAAGGCAGUCAGUAGGCUCCAAAAAGACAGCAGAGGCAGCAGCUGUCUAUUACAGAAUGGGAGGAGGGGAUUCCAAAAGAUAGGUGCAACCGCGCUAAAGGCCCUGUUUCUAUAUCAUAUGGAAUGGACUUCGUGGUAAGGCAGAGUCUGCAAGAGACCCCCUUCUGCAGAGCACAGUGAUCGACCAAGUAUAUAAAGGCUGAGACAGUCUUGAGGUAAAAUGUUUUAUGGCAAGUUAGAAACGCCAACCCUCCAUUCUUUUUUGCAUGUGCUUUUACCUAUGUGUGUGCGCUGCUUCAGUGCCAUUUAUGCCUGUUUCUGUUCGCUACAGAUGUAGAGAUCUUCUUGUCCACAACAACCUUCCCACCACCAGCAUCAUCAUAUGCUUUGUUGACGAAGUGUGGUCCACCCUCUUGCGCUCUGUUCACAGUGUCCUCAACCGCUCCCCUCCUCAGUUUAUUAAAGAGGUUAUUCUGGUGGAUGACUUCAGCACCAAAGGUUGGUUGGUGUUUCCCAGUGUGUUUCGGCUUACUGAGUGUCCUGUUUUCCAAGCCGUUUUACUCUUUUAAAAAUGCUGUCAGGUUUUUUGUUUUGCUUCAUUUUUAAGGUUGCCGUUUAUUUAUUUAUUUAGAAAAUUUGCUCAAAAAAAUCCCAAAGAACAAAACAAAACUCAAACCAGUCCAAUUAUAUAUAAACCGUGACUAAAAUACACAGACCCAAUGAAAAAACAAAUAUGUGUAAAACUAUCACUAAAUAUCAAGAUAAAAACAAUAAAACAAAUGUAACUUAAUACAAGUGGUUGUUGUGAUAUUCUAGUGAAAUUCUGUUGCCUUACAUUUCCUUGUGAGCUCAAACUGGUUUGGUUUGGUUUGGUUUGGUUCCUAUAGAUGACAUUUUAUUUCUAUAUACAAAAAAAAAAAGACAAUUAGAAUACAGUUGUACCUUGGAAGUCGAACGGAAUCCAUUCCGGAAGUCCAUUAGACUUUCAAAACAUUUGGAAACCAAAGUGCAGCUUCUGAUUGGCUGAAGGAAGUUCCUGCAGCCAAUCAGAAGCCGCGGAAGCCCUGUUGGACGUUCGGCUUCCAAAAUAAUGUUUGAAAACUGGAACAUUCCAGGAUUUGAUCAUUCAGGAGCCGAUUUGUUUGGGAGCCAAGGCGUUUGAGAUCCAAGGUACGACUGUACGUGUAUCCUGAAAGUAAGGACCCCUGACCAUUAGGUUCAGUUGCGUAUGACUCUAGGGUUGCAGCACUCAUCUCACUUUAUAGGCCGAGGGAGCCGACGUACAGCUUCCAGGUCAUGUGGCCAGCAUGACUAAGCCGCUUCUGGCAAAUCAGAGCAGCGCACGGAAACACCAUUUACCUUCCCGCCGGAGUGGUACCUAUUUAUAUACUUGCACUUUGACGUGCUUUCGAACUGCUAGGUUGGCAGGAGCAGGGACCAAGCAACGGGAGCUCACCCUGUCGCAGGGAUUCGAGCCGCCAACCUUCUGAUCUGCAAGCCCUAGGCUCUGUGGUUUAGACCACAGCACCACCCAAGUCCCUUAUCCUGAAAAUAUAUUUGGCCUAAAAGAGGGCAGACCAGGGACCCACUGUUCUGUGGGGUGGUUUCUUCUGAUGAUCAUAGAUUUGAUUCUACCUGUUACUGGGGCCUUAUUGCGAGUCCAUCACUCAAUCCAAUGCCCUUACUCAAUGCAAGGAAUCCAUAGCUAGAGCAUCCCAGCAGAUGGGUGACCAGUCUUCUUGGAAGACCUCCAGUGAGGAGGAGCCCCAGUCCCACCCCUCUGAUAAUGGUUCUGGUGUCAAACUGUUCUUAAUGUUAAAAUGUUUCUUGUAACGUUCAGUUGAAAUCUUAUAUGAGUUAUCACUUCUCCACUCAGCUUGAGAGAAACCGCUAUGUAGUCGCACUAUGGAUGCAGCUUAAGAGAUGUUAACUUUGGGAGGAUUAUUGAAAGGAAAUAAAUGUGUCAAUUAGUGCUUAAAAAACAAAGUAUUUUUGGGAGGCGACAAUUCAUAUGUAAUGAAGGUAACAUGGCAGCAAGUGAGUGUUGGGUGGGGAGCCAGGGGAAGGGGGUCCACCGUUCCUGUCAUGGCUGUCAGAAGAAGGGAACCAAUGUUUGUUUUCCACUGUCUCUCCUCCAGCAGCCUGAACAAGUGGCAGUGGCUGAGGGCUGGUUGGUUCCUCUUUAUUUCUUGCUCAUAGGCACGAAUCUGUGGUCCAUUUCCUUGCUUCUCUUCUGUUCUGUUUUAGCAUACCUCAAGGACAAACUAGACCAGUACAUGGCCCAGUUUCCCAAAGUCCGGAUCCUUCAUCUCACGGAAAGGCAUGGUUUAAUACGAGCUAGACUAGCGGGAGCAGAGAUUGCCAAAGGUAAGAAGAGUUGCAUUUUAUCAACAAAGUGCAGUUGGUUAUUUGCUGUUGUUGUUGUUUAAAAAAAGACAGAAGUCACUGGAAGCAAUCUAGUGGAAAUUUGACUCAUUGCACUGACAUCAGUGGAACUAAAUGGGUCCAAUCAGAAGUUAAGUGCCAUUCUGCUAAAUGGGGCUCUCUCCCAGAAAAGUGUGCAAAGAAUAUAGCUUUAAUUCAUUGGGAUGUAGGCAUACUUAACCUUCACUGGACUGUACCUGAUCGCCAAACAAUUUUAAAACGCGCACUAAAAUCAGAGUAAUAGAAGGCAGAUAUUUUCCCCCACCAGUCAUGUAGAUUCAGUAGUACUACAAAGGUGGCACCAAAUAUUCUCUUCCUUUCGAUUCCCCCCCCCCCAAAAAAAUAGUGAGUUAAAAUAUGUUUUUAAAAUAUUUCCUGAAAACCCCUUUAACUGUGAAAACGUUCAUUUAAAAAAAAAAAAUGUUUAUUUGGUGCUAUCCCGGAGUAAGAACUUUCCAGAGUUAUUCCAUUUCAUCUUCUGCAAUGGAAUUAGCUCCUUUUUAUUUUCUUCUCUAGGUGACGUACUGACAUUCUUAGAUUCUCACGUGGAAUGCAACGUAGGAUGGCUGGAGCCGCUCCUGGACAGAGUCCGUUUGAAUAGGAAGAAAGUUGCCUGUCCUGUUAUUGAAGUCAUCAGUGACAAAGAUAUGAGGUAAUUUUGAUGCCUCCAUAUUUGUUCUGGUCCCGCCUUGGUAAUCCAUGCACAGGGAAAAAUACUUAUUCACGUGGAUCAUUUUUCUUGGCAGGGAUGGGGAACCUGUAGCCUUACAGGUGUUGUUGUUAGAUUCCAGAUGUUGUUGUUAGAUUCCAGUUCCCAUCACCCUUAGCCAACAUGGCCAGUGCCAGUCCAACAACAUCUGGAAGACCACAGUUUCCCCUUCUACGUUUUGGAACCAGUCCUUUCUACCCUUUAUCUUCUUAAGCAUCUUCUGGUUGUGACAGUUUCCAAAAUAAAUUGCAAACAGGAAAAGAUGUUACACCAAGAAUUUUAAAACUAUUUUUAAAGGAUGUUACACAUUUCACCACUUGUUUAAAAAGCUCAUAAUUUUGUGAGAGUAUGUGUUUUAAGGUUACCCGUGGGAUCUUUUAACAGCCCCUCCCCGUUAAAAGUAUAUCAUUUAAGUUACAGUUACUCUUUUCAGAGACAGCUUUUGUUUCUGAAGUUAAUUCCUGUUGUGACUUCCAUUCCUUAGCUACAUGACCGUGGACAGCUUUCAGCGUGGUGUUUUUACAUGGCCAAUGAAUUUUGGAUGGAAGCCCAUUCCUCCAGAUGUCAUCUUGAAAAAUGGGAUUAAGGACACCGAUAUAAUUAGGUAAGUUUAUGCUGUUAAGCUUUUGUUGACAGAAUUGCUCCUUAAAACGCUAAACCCACAAGUUUGGGAGAAAGGCGUAUAUUACUCAGGUUUGCAAAACAUAGGUAACAUUUGUUGGGUGUGCAACCCUACUCUUUCCUGAGUGCAAACUAGCAUCAUUAAAACACAGCGAGUUCAGCUAUGAGGAUCCCAUAUAAAGAACAAGGUUGGGUAAACACUGGGCCUCUAGACCAGAGUUGUUGGAGUCCAACUCCCAUCAACCCAUAGCCAACAUGGUCAGGGAUGUUUGAAGCUUUAGUUCAGCCACAAUUUCCUGGAAUAGAAAAGCAGGAAUGGCCAACCUACAGAUGUUGUUGAACUGCAACUCUCCAGCAUAGCCAGGGUGUUCAGGGAUGAUAGGAGUCAUAGUCCAGCAACAUCUGGAGAGCCCCACAUUGGCUACCCCUGAUUUAUUUAAAGUAUGUAUCAUACAAAUAGGGAGAUGUCAUUUUAUAAGCAUGUUAAAACUACCACCUGUGCAAGGAACCUAAUGCUAUGUUUGGCUAGAUGCAAUUGUACCCAAACUGUGCAUUUGCAAGGCAAGCCAUCUACACCAAAUUCAAGACUUCCAUCAUAUAACAAGAUUAUAUUUUAGAGUUUAUAGACAGUGGCAAAGCCUGCUGCUAAGUUUUUGUGGCUGGGGGCGAGCAGAUUUAAUUCAUCCUGGAAGUCAUAAAGGGAACUCUGAUGUAAGCACAUGGAGCACUGUUAAAAUUCAUGUGGUAGGCGCCCUUUAAUAGCAAAAUCUGUAUUUUCUUUUAAAGCACAAUGUAUAAUCCUAAAUUAUGUUUCAAUUACUAGGUGUCCUGUGAUGGCAGGUGGGUUAUUUUCUAUUGAUAAGAAGUACUUUUUUGAACUUGGGACAUAUGAUCCUGGCCUUGAUGUUUGGGGAGGUGAAAACAUGGAGAUUUCAUUCAAGGUAUGUUGCAUUAACUGUAACAGUAUUCCCCCUACCCCAGUUGAUUUGCAUCACAUUCAUAAUCAUAUUAAUGGUCAUAUUACAGCAGCAGUCCUGCAUAUAUCGUGGUUUCAGAUGCUCCUUAGUAGAAAUAAAUGGUCAAAAAUGACUGCAUCAGGGCAAGCAGUAUAUUGUAUCUGUUAUAUUUACAUAUUAUUCUGUCACGUCCCCCCAGCAAUCACAUUUUAAACUUGAGGGUGCUUUGUAAGAUGUAUGCACCUUUAACAAAAUAUAGCUUUCAUGCAAUAGAUUAAAAUAAAAUCCUAGGCAAAAAGCACUAAAUAAUACAAUGGCUCAUGUCAGAUACCACAUAUGAAACCAUGGUUAAGGAACAUUCAACAUGGUUAAUGUUUUGUGUGAACUGAUAGAUCAUGGGUUGUGAUCCAGUGGCAAAUUAGAAUGGGAAAUGGAUUUGCAAGCCAUGAUUUGUGCUAUAUCUCAUUGGUGUGACGUCUGAAUUGACAAACCAUUGUUAACAGCCAUUGUUGUGCCUCUGAAGGCCAACUGGAGACUGUAGUGCUGAGCAGAUAUAAAACAAAAACAGACCACAGGUUGCCUGUACAUACAGAAGCUCCAACUGUGGUUUGGGAUCUUAAGCCACAUUUACUGUAAACUAUGGUUAGGCAUGCUGUCUGAACUGAGCUGGUGUGCUGUGGAAUCCCCUUACAUAAUUAUCAACAGCAAGUUGUUCUAAACCUUCCCUAUCCAGAUGCACCCGAAGGCAUAUUACACGACAGAAUCCAUUGGCCAGUAGCUGCCUCAUGAAGUGUUAUCCUACCUCUUUUUCACCAGGUUUGGAUGUGUGGAGGGGAAAUAGAAAUCACCCCGUGUUCCAGAGUGGGCCACAUUUUCAGGAAUGACAACCCCUACUCCUUCCCCAAAGACCGCCUUACCACGGUGGAGCGGAAUUUGGCCCGAGUUGCAGAGGUUUGGCUGGAUGAAUACAAAGAUCUCUUCUAUGGACAUGGUUAUCACCUCAUCCAAAAGAACCUGGACGUUGGGGAUUUGACUCAGCAGAGAGAACUGAGGAAGCGGCUUCAGUGCAAAAGCUUCAAAUGGUACCUGGAGAACGUCUACCCUGAUUUAGAAGCCCCCCUUGUUAAAGCUAGUGGGCUGGUAUGUUCAAUUUCCCAACUCCAAUGUGCCCCUUGGGCUAAUGUCAACUUGACACAUCAUCGUCUAAAAUUUUAUGUCUUUUGUGUGAUAUUUGCCUGCGAUGGAUUUUGCCCAGUGUUUGGUAGCCCAGAGCUGAGGAACAUCUGGCCCUCCAGAUGUUGUUGGACUACAGCUGCGUCAUCCCUGACCAUGGGCAACGUUGACUAAAGCUGGUGAGAGAUGGAAUCGAACUACAUCUGGAGGAUCAGAGGAUCUAAGGAGAUGAACUCAUGUCCAAAGGAUGAGUGGGAAACUAAUGGGGGGGGAAAGAUCCUGGUGGAUUUUGCAUGUGUUGCAAUAUAUUAAAUGGGUUGAUGUUUGGGGCCCAGACCCCACCUCUCUGCCUUGGGCUUGGUGAGCUGAAGCUACUCACUUAUCUUAGAAUUGUAGUGUUGGAAGGGAUUCUGAGGAUCAUCUAGUCCAACUCCCUGCAAUGCAGGAAUAUGCAGCUGCCCCAUGUGGGGAUCGAACCUGCAACCAUGGUGUUCUCAGCACUAUGCUCUAAGCAACUGAGCUAAGGCAUCUGGUCCAGAAUUCUGCAUUCGCUAGUGACCACCCAAAUGCUUCUGAGAAGCUUUUGAGCAGGGCAUUGGACCCUGCUGUUUGUCCCCAGCACCUAGUUUUUCAGAGACCUCUGAAGAUGAAGGUUCUAUUCAGCUGUUGUAGCUGAGGUAGCUGUGCCCAUUUAAAGCACUGGAAUCUGUCAGGGAGGAGGAGCUUUGGGUGAAGCCAAGGGAAGAUGUCGGGAGCAGCCUAGUGUCGGUAGCCCCUGCAGUAACGAUUAGCAGCUAAAGAAGAGUUGUUGAUAUUUUAGAUAUUUGCCCUAGAGUAUUGGUGCUUAAAAGAUCUUAGUUUGGUUUGUUUUUCUUCUUCUUACAUUCCUAACUCAAAUCACCGAGGCUCAACUUCCUCUCAGAUCUCAGACUUCUUGCUUGCAGCCACUAGAGUGCAGUAGAAUCCCAUUUUCCUCCAGUUUCUGGAAUAAAAUUGGCAUUUUGGUACCUUAUCCCAAACCCAAAAUUUUCUUCCGUAAAGCAGUGAUAUGGCAUCCUAAUGAACUUUCCAUGCCCACCAUCCAAUUUCAAUGCUAAUUUAUAAGCUGUAAUUAGGAGAGAGGGCAUGAAAAUUGCAUUGCUGGUGCUGAUGGGAGUUGUAGUUUUAUCAGGGUCAAAGAUUCCCCACUCCUGCUUUGCACCUUAUGCAUAUUUGCACAGUGUUCCUUCUGCCCCUGUCGUGUCCCCUCCUUUCAUUCCAUGACAGCAGACAUAGACCUGUGAUGUUGCAGGAGCUUUUCUGUGCCUGGCCAUCACAAGAACUCUGACCUUUCCUUGUUUCUACAGGGCCAAUAGGUGUACAGAGAAAGUGAGAGAGUGCCGUGCUCUAUGCCAUCAUGGGGAGAAAUUGGGAACCUGUGGGCUCCCAGAUGUUGCUGCACUCCAAGCCCUAGGCUUCAUGACCCGUGGUCGGGGAUACUGGGAGCUGUAGUCCAGCAAAUAUCUGGAAGGCUUCAGGUUCCCCAUCCCUGACCCUGGGCGAGAGAAGGUGUUGUGAUGAGAGAGUUGGAAAGAGAUCCUUGAUAGGCCACUUAGUACACGGCCGUAAAAAUUGCAAAAUGCAAUCAGUCACUCAUCCCCCAAAUCCAUUAACAAACUGAGAUCUGGUGACAGCAGGAGGGCUUAGCCACUUAUUUAUAUUUAUUUUGUUGACCUUUGCAUUAACAAAUUACAGUGCACAUCAUUAACCCAGAAGAUUUUUGUUUAAAACUCCAAAUUAGUCUUGCUUAGGCAAGGUAAUCUCAAGAUGGAAGAUUGCUAUUACGAUGGGUUGGGCAACCCAAUUGACUGCAUAAGGUCAGCUGUGGAGAAUUGCUCUUUUUACCUGUCCCUGGCUUAGGUUUGCUGAUAGGGGGCUGCAGCAAAUAGAGAUAAGUCAUCGUUGCUCCCUCCAGCCUGAAAACAAACCUGAAUUACAGCAUUUGAAUCAGUAGAAUGAAAGUUUUCAUACUUCCAAAACAGAAAAAAGGGUUGAUUUUAGGGCUGUCCAGAAACACAAGAAUUUGAAACUGAUUAGAAACAAUUUGCAUGCCACCUAAACUUUUUAAUGAGAUAACAAAGACAGCUAACAAUUUAAUAAACAAGCACUGCCAAGUUGUUAAAAGAGAAGGCCAUCUUUUACAUUUUCUUUUUCUUUCCCUGUUAGCUGUCACACACCUGUCAAAAUAGCCUCAGAUGCUCAGGCCAACUAAUUAAAAGUGAGCCCAAUCUGAUUGAUCACCUUCAAUGACUAUGUUUCAACUUACGAAAUACCCAUCAAAUGUCAGAAAUGGGGUAGAGGAGCUCUAGUGGCUAUUGCCCACCUCUAGAUAUUGAAUUGGGUUUUUUUUAAAAAAAAAAUGCUGCAUUCCUUCUUCAGGGUCUUUACGCCCACUUUGACAUCACAUUUCUAACUUUUUGCUUCAAUUUGCUUGUUUUAUUUUAGAUCAUUAACAUAGCACUGGCUAAGUGCAUCACUGUGAAUACGUCUAGCCUGGCCUUUGAAACAUGUGACGUUAAUAACAAGGUAAGACUGUUUAUUGCCUUCCUGUUGCAUUUUUUCAUAUUGGAGGCCCAAUAUGGUUGCUUUUCUUUAAUGCCCUUUUUGAAAUUUCAACUUGGGAGGCUAAUACUGGGAACAGUCUUCCUGCUGGGCUCACAGCUAGGCUUCCCUCACUAUCGGGAGAUGCAAGACGGCCCUUUAUACUUACCCGGAGGCACAGAUGAUGGAGUGGAAUCUGUGUCUUCAGUGAAGUCACAAACCAGUGGCACGUAAGUGGCCUCUGGAAGUCAGAUUAUCCCCGCUCCAUUUCCUGCAGCUUCCAGGAAGCAUAAAAGAUACAGUAUUUUUUGCUCCAUUGGACGCAGUUUUUCCCCUCCAAAAAUUGAGGGGAAAUGUCCUAUGGAGCGAAUGCAGGCUUGUGCCACAGCCGUGCGCAACCCCUCCGGCAGGGAGAGGCUGCAUGGGGCUAUGGCUUCUUUAGCUCCACGCAGCCUCUCCCGGCAGGAUUUUUUUUAUUGAUUUCCCAGUCUAAAAACUAGGUGCGCCCUAUGGUCUGGUGCGCCCUAUGGUGCGAAAAAAACGGUAUGUAAUAUUUUCAUGGGGUUGGUUACUACUUUUUGAACUAAUGGGUUGUUCCUAACAAUCCAGUUCCUUUUCCCAUUCAUACCACUGCGAAGUGCCACGGGUGAGACACGUUUUCAGCCACCAAACCAAAGGCAGGCUUUCAUGCCUACCCUUCAUCCAUAAAUACAGGUAACAACAAUAUCAAACUGCAAUAUUAAAAAUUAGUUGAAAACACAGUCUGAUGUUUAUCCCAGGAUCGUAGAGAACGGUCUCAGCAGCUCUACCCAUUUCACAGGUUGCCUUUAGGUUAGUGUUAGAAGAUAUAUAAGCCAGGCAGCAAAAUAACUUCAUAAACCAGGGUUACCAUCACCAAAACGGAAUGCCUCGUUGCCAUUUUGGGGCGAGAUGGGCUUGAAAGUCGUGUUUUUCAAUAUGACUUUUUGGUUCCUGGAAGUCAUUCUGACUGUGCAGAUAAAAUUUAAUGGAUAUAAUUCUGCAGGAUGUGUUCCAAGUGUGUGAAAACCAUUCAGAUCCAAGGAUCCCCAAGCAUGUAGCUCCAGAUGGCGGAGACAUCAGGCGCAAUCCUGCUUCCCAGGCAUCUUCACCUGGUUGCAAGUGGCCAGUAGCCAGGUGCAAAAUGCACCUGGCGCAUGGCAAAUUUUGAAAGCUGCUUUAGAUCACCUGCAUUUUGCAUACUGAGGGAUUCAACUGCAUACUAGAACAGCCAAUUUUAGUCAUUUAUUUUAAAAAAAAUACUUGUAUACCAGCCUCUCACAAAACAUCAGGGAGGUGUACAGCAAUGUAAAAAAACCAUGUAAAAUAAAAGCAGUACAGAACAAUCAUUAAAAUGACUGGCUACUGAAUAAAAUUUUAAGGAGCUGCAUACAGUAUUACUACAGUGGUACCUCAGGUUACAUACGCUUCAGGUUACAUAUGCUUCAGGUUACAGACUCCGCUAAACCAGAAAUAGUGCUUCAGGUUAAGAACUUUGCUUCAGGAUGAGAACAGAAAUUGUGUGGCGGCAGCAGCAGGAGGCCCCAUUAGCUAAAGUGGUGCUUCAGGUUAAGAACAGUUUCAGGUUAAGUGCGGACCUCUGGAACAAAUUAAGUACUUAACCUGAGGUACCACUGUAUUACUAAAAUUUAUCUAUCAAAUCGCCUUCCAAACCAGGUGAUCUACAUGUAAAAUAAUUUAAAACAGCUUAAAACACAUACAAAAAACAAAUACGUUUAAAGUCCUAACAAGUGGACACCCAUUUAUCCAGCUGAGAAUGCCUGUUUGAACAAAAAAGGUCUUCAACUGUUUCUGGAAAGUGCAGAUAUUGGACGCCUGUUGUGUAGGCCUGUUGGCACAAAAAUGUCUUCCGAGUGGCACCUGAAAGCAGGGUUGAAAUUGAGCGUGAUAACCAACCACCGAAAUUUAGCCUGCUACUAAUUCUUUCCCAUGCGCAGAACCAGAAGUUCAACUAUACUUGGCUGAGAUUGAUCCAGCACGGAGACUCCUGUGUAGCAGUGACUGAUGCGGAAGGAACACUGGGCCUGCACCCUUGCGAUAAACGAAACAAUAGCCUGAAAUGGUUGCAUAAAUCACUGGUGGCUUUUCAUCCAGAACUCGUAAGUGCAGCAUUUGCAAAGGGCUCCUCCUCCUCCCUCCCAGCUCCCUUUGCUGUGGCCAAACUGGAACCGGUGCAAAACAAAGGGAGCCUUUUCUCUCAUUUCCAUUUGUAUGGGGGCAUGUGAGAGGCAUUUGUCAUUCAAGUAAAGAAAGGGUUUGUGCAGGCGUUAACUUUUAGCUAUAUUUGAUGAAUCGAAGGGCAUUUUUUAGUUAUUUCCAUAUGUUUAUCCUUCCCUUCCUCCAAGGGGUUCGGGGUGGUCACAUAGUUCUGUUUUAUCAACCCAUUCUCUACUCACAACAGCCCUGUGAGGUAGGUUAGGCUGAGAGAUGAUGGCUGCAGUGAGUGAGCAUUCUGGCAGAACAUGGGUUUCUCUGGUCCUUAGCCCAACACGCUUAAGCCAGGGGUGACAGACCUGUUGGCUGUCAAGGGCUGCAAUCCACCAGGGUCAAUCAACCGUGGCACAUUGUGGCAGUGGGAAAGACGGAAGCCAAAAGUGGACAGGACACCCUCUUUUUACACCAUUUUCCCCCUACCCUCUUUUUACACCAAUUCUCUCCUUCCUCUACGCCUAGUAGCCUGGUACAGGCAGGGGUGUAGAUUGCUUUUGUCAGUUGUCCAGAUUUGCCACUUGCAGAAGGCUUUCCUUCUCUCCUUUGAUCACUCCAUUCAUUUCAGCUCUUCCCCCCCCCCCCCUGCAAUUUCCCCUCUGGGCUCCCCCCACCUAUAUGAAAUUAAGUUGAGGGCUGCAUAUGGCCCUCAGGUUGCUCACCUGUGCUCUAAUCAUGCAACCACACAGGAUGUAGCAAGCUUACAUACUUAAACUUCUAGUCCGUACAAACAAAUCAAAGUAGACAGGGUCACGCUGUGGCCUAAACCACUGAGCCUCUUGGACUUGCCGAUCAGAAGGUUGGCGGUUUGAAUCCCUGCGACGGGGUGAGCUCCCGUUUCUCUGUCCCAGCUCCUGCCAACCUAGCAGUUUGAAAGCACGCCAGUGCAAGUAGAUAAAUAGGUACCACUGCGGUGGGAAGUUAAACAGCGUCUCUGUGCACUCUGGUUUCCGUCACAGUGUUCCGUUGUGCCAGACGUGGCCUGGAAAGCUGUCUGUGAACAAGAGCUAGCUCCCUCGGCCUGAAAGCGAGAUGAGCACCGCACUGCACAGUCACCUUUGACUGGACUUAACCGUCCAGGGGUCCUUUACCUUUAUCUUUAUAUGUGUGUGUUUGUGAGUGUGAAAGAGAGAGAGAAAGAGAGACAACAGAAGGAAUCCUUGGAACUUUUUCGAGCAGGUGCGUUUCUUAAGCCCCAAGUCCUGUUUCUCCACUGAGACAUACGUGCAGGCCAAUGAAUUUGUGGGAUUUCUCCAAAAGCUUCCUUGGGUCACAAAAUCAGCACAAGUCUUGAGUCAAAGGUCUGAAACCAGGUGGCUAUAAAAAUAACAGGUUGGAUUCAGACUAUAAGUGAGUUGUGCUGGAGUCCCAUUGAAGUGACUAACUUAAGUCAUGUGUCUCCCCCUGUGUUGUAUUGUGUCCACCACCCACCACCCUGCAAUCCAAUUCCAUCAGCAGAACCCUUGUUUCAACACGGGCAAUGAAACAACACCCUCUGCUGCAGGUGAGGCAGCUGGGUAGUUUAGAAGUUAGAGAAUAGGCUAGUUUAAGGGACUCAAGGGAAAUGGUUGGGGGACUGUCCCCCUCCCCACGCCACCUGAGGCAAUAACCUCACACUGCCCUGGGUGCUGGGGGUAGUUUUCUAUUUUAAGACCUCAACUUUGCCUUACUAAGUACUGUGAUAUCAGUUUCUCACAGAUCUUCCUUCCAGGGUAGUCAUCCAUACAUCAUAGAAACACUUUGCAGUGAUAAAGAAUAGAUUCUCUAAACUGUCCUGGUGCAAAAAUCAAUCUAAUGACUGUAUUUAAAACACGAACACCAAAAUCGUUUGCAGCCUCCUCAGCUAUAGCUUCUAGAAAUAAUUCUAAAGGCUUUUUUUUUAUAAAAAGGCUUUUUUUAUAUAUAAAAAAAAGGACCAAGGUAAAUUAAAAUGAUUUUCCCUAUCUGAAAGAAGCUGAUUUUUAGCAGGUCCUUUCAAGACUUUGGGGUGGGGGCUAUUGAGAGGGAAGAAUAGCAAUUAUAGGAGCUGAUCGAUAAUCUUGUACAAGAUCCUGACAUUGUGACUCUUUCCAUUUGUUCCUCCUUUGCCAAUCUUGGUUCAAAACCUCCUAAAAAGUGAAAAUACUCUUUUUUUUAGGCUAAGACAUGAAAAAGCAUAUGAAAAAUGAGCAGCCAUUUAAGUUACCAGAUAGCUUGUCAGGUACCACUGACAUUCUUUGAUCUACCUCUGAACUAUGGGCCUUAAAACAGAUUGGACCUUCCACAAUAUAGAAAGUUGUGUUUCCCCUCCUCCUCCUCUUCUUCUUCUUCUUCUUCUUCUUCUUCUUCUUCUUUUUGCUAAAUUGUAAUACCCAGUUCAGCACAAUUGGAUACGGGCAAUUGCACCUGUACAAAACUAAGCCAGCAGCAAGUUUGAGCUGUACAAUUUUAUCCGCCAAGGUAAAAGAUCAGAUUAGUUUUUUUAUGAAAGCUUUGGAGGGCAGGCUGGCCCUGUGGGAGCCUAAAGUUAUUGCCGUCACUUGAAACCAAAAGAUGGAUUUAUUUUCUACAAAGCUAAGGGCUGUCCUCUGCAGGCUCGUCUUGUACUGGCACUGUUCAGAAUGAAUAAAAAUCGGCCACAGCACAGCCUGUUCUUUGGGGGUAAUCAGGAAGCAAACCUGUACCUUUUGGAAGCUUUUGGUGUUCUCAUUUGUACAUUUCAGCUUACAUUGGAGUACAAAGAGGGGGAUUUGAGCAUACAGCUCCUAUGUUCGUCAGUUCUGCCACAGGUACUCUGCAGUUGUACAUGCAUAGGCACCCCCAGGUGAUCAGGACUCCCGAUUGUACAGGGCUACUUACUGCAUGACAUUUCUAUAUGCACACAGCUGUAUGUGCAUGGGUGCUCUUUUUCAGAAGUCCUGUGCAAUGCAUGAAUGUCAUGGGUGGAGCCAGUGCGGUGCAGUGAUGUUCGCCCAGAUCUGGCAGCUGAAUAUAUAUACACAUGGAGCAAUGCAUGGAGUUUAUUGAUUGAUUUGUAGCCCAUCUUCUCCUCCCAAGGAACUCCCAAGGCUGCAUACAUAGAAUAAUGGAAUCGCAGAGUUGAGAGGGACCCCGAGGGGUCAUCUAGUCGAACCCCCUGCAAUGCACGUAUCUCAACCAAAGUAUCCAUAACUGGUGGCCACCCAAUCUCUGCUUAAAAACCUCCAGUGAAGGAGGUUGGACCCUCCAAGGAUUCUCUCCUCCUCUUGUAAUCUCCACAGCAACCCUGUGACAUAGCUUAGGCUAAGAGGCAAUGCCUGGGUCAAGGUCACCCAGUGAACCUCAUUUGAACCCUGGUCUUCCUUCCAGGUCCUAGCUCGACACUCCAACCACUAAGCCGCACUUGCAUGAGGGUCCAUGAACUGGGUUUUUAAAAUUGCCACCACUAUCAUCACAUUAAUAGUAAUAGUAAUAAUUCAUUAUUUAUACCCCGCCCAUCUGGCUAGGUUUCUCUAGCCGCACUGGGCGGCUCCCAACAGAAUAGCAAAAAUAGAAUCAAACAGUUAAAACUUCCCUAAACAUUACCGCCCAUGCAAUCCGCAUGGGCAUCCUUGUGUGAAAUGAAUGGAGGCUGUUCAAGAGCACUGGUGGAACUGCUCAAAUUGAUUUCAUUGGAACACGACAACUUCACGGUGGAUGGUGCUUUGUGGUCCUAGGCUUCCAAAACAGCAGGCAAUGCAACAGAGCUGAGUUGAAGAUGGCAAAUCUAAAUGCAGGUGUGAAAACUAAGAACCACUCUCAAACCCUUCCACUCUCAAAAACCAGGAAUGGGCUUUUGGUGGCCUGCAUAGGGUCACAUCCCAGUGUGCAUUUGUUGGCACAACUACAGUGCUAUUCCUAAAGGAUAUAUUAGCCUCGAGUUUUCCUUAAAUGGGUUGUUCCUUAAUGCUUUGUACAGUGGUACCUCAGGUUAAGAACUUAAUUAAUUCUGGAGGUCCAUUCUUAACCUGAAGCACCACUUUAGCUAAUGGGGCUUCCCGCUGCCACUGUGCCACCACCGCACAAUUUCUGUUUUUAUCCUGAAGCAAAGUUCUUAACCUGAGGAACUAUUUCCUGGGUUAGCGGGAGUCUGUAACCUGAAUCGUCUGUAACCCGAGGUACCACUGUAUUUACUUAAGUACAGUAGUGAAGUGAAUAGAACCUGUAGACAUUUUGGAAUCUAUAGAGGGCGUUUUCCAGAAAACAAACAAAGGUCUUUUGAGAGAGCAGAUCCAAAGAUUGAAAUGAUGGGAAAUUUUCCUGGGUUUCUACCAAAUGUCAGCUCUUCAAGAAUAUUCCGUCAUUGCUAAGACAGCUAUGUACUGAAGAUGGCAUAUUGACAUAAUCUCAUUUUCCCCCCAAUCAACCAUAUUCAUUACCAGAUAGAAAUCAAAUAGAAAAGAACUUUCCCAGCUAAAAACGUAUUGUGGAGUGUGUCCAUUGUACUAUAGGCUUUCCCUCCCCUAAAAGAGCCUUUGUCAUUAAUUCGUUAACAAGAUUACCAUUUUAUGAUUUGUUACUCUGCACUAAGGUAGCAAAAGGAAACAGCUCUGGACAAAUCCACAGAGCAGUUUACUUUGCUUUUUGAUCAGUGUAGUGCUUGCUGUCUCUGCUUUCAGAUAAUGGCUGUAGCUUCCUCUGUACUAAAACACAGAACUCCAUGGGCACAAAACUCCUAUCCUGUGGACUCCACCCACAUCAGCUUCUCAUGACGGGCUUUAUUAAACCAAAAAGGCUAAUUGGACAGCGUCUGAAGGAUUUAGAGCAACAGAACAAUCUGGCCAUUAUAAAGAAAUUCUGUCCUUGGUAUGCCUCUCCCCCCCCCUUCUCAGUUUGAUUCCCUGGCACCAUAUAUGUAUAAAUUACCGGUAACAAUCCCCAAAUACAGGUGUGCCUUCACACUGGCCAGAUUGGAUGUGAUGCCCUCUGCUGUACUUGAGGGCAGAUACCAAAAGAUUCCAACUGAGAAACAACCUGUGGAGAUGGUAAUCUGGAAACAGUGGCUCAUGUUCUCCUGUCCUGUCCCCUUUAUAAAGAUCUGAGGAAUGAGAUCAUUACUCCCCACUCUUACUUACCAUCCCAGGCCGCCCAUUUGAGGUCACAUUGUUCUUUCUUUAACAGAUCAAAAUGAUCAGACAACAGCAAAGGUUGCUAGGUUUAUCGAGGGUGCAGUGAGAUUAAGGGCCACUAUCUGAACGAUAAUCUUGGCCAUUUGAUUGCCCUUUUUACCUAUUGCUGUCUUUUUUAUUUGUAUAUAUUUUAUUUUUAUAUAUUGCUUGUUUUAUGUUGCUAUGGCUGUUGGCUAAUGCGAAUAAAGUUUAACUACUACUCCAUGGGCACAAAUAGGAUGAAACUUUAGCAUGAAUCUACCAUGAUGCACACUUACUGAAACAAUACGUAAACCAAAACGCAGCUAUCCUUUGCAAUUUGCACUUCUCUGAAUUGUGCAAUGCAGUUCUCCAACAGCAACAGAAAAUGCGCACAAAGAUGCAUACGUUAGGGUAAACUGUGCUUAAAAAUGCAGGUAUUAGUGAAAAUAACAUUAAAAUGCAUUAUAUUAGCAAAAAUUGCAAACAAUGUGUAUUGAGCAAAAUUAUAUACAAAUGUGUGUCUGUUAUGAGAAACGUGAACAAAAACGCUGGCAUAUUUUUGUGAGCGCUUUUAAAAAAAUCUCAGACUGAUGCAGAAAUGUGGGAAACUGAACUUAAGGCUGGAAAAACAAGAAACCCAAAUUGACAAAUUUGUCCCUGAUUGCAGGCAGAAUGAACCAUGAAAGUUAUGCCUAACAAGGAACGAACAGCUCUUGCUGACUUGUGUAUUCUUCUGCAUUUUGCCAGUCAUGUGUAGUUUAAAGACACAUGAUGCGACAUCAUCAAGUUAAAAAAAUCCCCUGCCCUUUGCAAGGAGCAGCCAGUAGAGUUGAUCAGAGGUAGAGAAAACACUGAGCGCAAUUGCAUUAUAAUACCAGCAUGUGUUGACCAAUCCUGGAGUACUGUACUGGCUGAUACCUGGACAUGUGAACUGACUCAUUGAUGAAUGUUUUACCUGAAGAGCUCUGUCUCUGAUGUCAGAUAUACAGCGGCUGAUUCACACAUGAAAAUCCAUCAUUAGGUAUUGCAGUCAUCACAUAUGCAUGUGUAAACCAAAGGCUAUGAUACUGGGUAUACUACUGUCAUGUAAGAAAAAGAGUAAAUUUUGUGAAUGUCUGAAAACACAGAUACACCACUGAAGUGUGACUAUCAACAUUCACGUUUAAGUGUCUGGAAAAAUGGGCAAAUGCCUGUUGUCUAAUUUUUAGGCAAUCCUAAAAUUCAGCUAGCAUUUUCAGCGUUGUGAACAUCAACAUUCACCAGAUUGUGAAUAAUCGCUAUAGCAUAUAUGUCAAGAUAAUAGUAUUUCUACCGCCUACCCCCCCAACAAUACAUUUUCAUUUUUUACGAUUUGCUGUUUCAAUCAAAUGAUGCUUCAAAAUAUUAACCUGAAUUUCUCAAAAUUCAGCCUAGAGCAGCCUUCAAUAUAACGGUACUCUGCCUCAUGAAAGAUAGCUAAAUGCAAAAUAACAAGAAUAGGAUCCCCGCUCAUUCAAAACUUCUCAUGAUUUCAUAAUCCAGUUCUGUAUCCCAGCCCUUUGGAUUUAAUUAACAAAUUACCCAAUCCACUUCCCAUCAUGCUAUGUGUCUGUCUACUUCAUCAGCUGAGACAUAAUGCGAUAUGAAAGGCAGGAUCUCCUGCCAUAAGUCAUCCUAUAUUGCAAAUGCCAUCUGGGAUUAUUUCCUUUGCAGGGUAAUUGUCAUUCAGGCAGCAAGAGUUCUGCUCGUUGCAUUUUCAAAGAACUGGAAAGCCAUGUGGCACAGAGGGUGCAGCCAAGUUGCGGUUUGAGAACAGGUGGAAAUAUUGAGCACUGUCCAACAUCCCCAUUCAGCUUAUAAAUGCAUACCAGCCUCCGCCAACCUGGUGUCUUCCAGAUGGUAUCAGCCAACGGUCGGUUGUCGAGGAUCAAUAAUACAUAUUGAGCAGAAGCAGCUAGGGCGGUCCUUCCCUAGUCCCAUGUAAAAAUAAAAUAAAAUAAACCUUUAUUGUCACUACACCACCUGUGUACAGUGAAAUUAAAUUAAAUAGCAGUUUAUCAGUUUGCUACUUGCAGCCCAUUGCCCAUACCUUCUCUCUCUCCCUCUCUUUCCAGAUGGAUCACAUUGUCUUGGAACACCUUCCUCGGGCCACGUGUUUGGAAGUGGAUCGGUCUCAGAAAGCCCUGAGGGCCGGCGUUUGUUCCUCUUCCAAUCUUUAUCAGAAGUGGCAGUUUGGAAAUUAUUAUGCUGCCUGAAGAGGAAGACGAGCAAACCGGACAGAAGAGUCGCUUUGUAAUCCGAUGAAUUUGAAAGCGGCAGCUGUGGAACUUCCGAUAGCAGCGAGCGAUAAACUCCGAUCUCCCUCCCAAACCGCAGUCGGAACCCGACACUUUGGAAGAAGCAUAUGGCCAGAUCAGAAGAUGGAGCGAGAGCGCGGCUGGUUUGAUGCAGCUUAAUGACACACGGCCGGCACGUUGGCAGGGGAGGAAAUCACCAGGAAAAAAAUUACCAAACUUCUUCCUACCUUAGAGGGUUUACCUGCUUGGCACUGUUACAUUUCUGGUUUGGUUUUUUGUUUUUUUUACGGGAGCAUUAUGGAGAUUCCACUUCACAAGUUUCACUCUUCUCCCUAUUUCAAAAAAUCUUUUGGAAACCUUGACAUUCAUAUAUCUCAAAUCUGCAUCCCAAAAUGUGUGGCCUGUGAGUAUAGAAGUUGACAGCUGUCCGAUUUGAUUGGUAGUGGCUGCCAGGUGAAUGGCCAGGCUGCACUUUGAGGUCGUGGCAAAAGUCUGACUUUAUUACGUGUGUGGAGGUGGCAGGAGUUUGAAAAUGUCUUACGGGGCAAGCCCUCUUGCUGUCACUUCCAAGAAGCUUUGGGGACAAACUCGGGCUAAAACAGUCCAGAUUGGAGAGAUCAGAUGCACAGUCUAUAAGCUCUAAGUGGCACAGUGCAGCAACAGAUUCAGCAUAUGUGCACAGUAGGGAUUUUCAGGUGCCUUCCUUUUUUACACAUCUAGGCUAUGUGCAUGGGGGAAAGUGCGACUUCGCCCUGACCAGCAAGCCAAUGCGCUCAAGUGAUACAUUUCAUAAACAAAUUCCCAACAUCCAUGUACUCAGAGGGAUGCCAAAAAAAGAGUUCCCAUGUGUCCAUAGGUGAUCGAGGUAAUUGGGAACCUUCUGAUCCGAGGAGCUGUCUUGUGUAUGCUCCCCUUCAGAGAAAUUCCACUGAACAUGUGAAUGUCAGCAUUUAGACCAGUGGGUCAUGGCCCUGCAUCUCCCUCCUCAUGUAGGCUAUCUUGGGUAUUGUUGGAGAAUGACAGCCAUUGUUAAGUCGCUUCUGUAACUUCGCGGGCCUGAGCCCUCAAACCAUUUAUUUCAGAGCAGUGCCCUCUGAGCAACUUGAAAGGUAACUGCUAAAGGACCACAUAAACUUCAGAUGGCCAUAGUCUUCAGGAGCCACAAAGGCGGUGGGGCUACUCUGGAGUAAGAAGCGUCCUUUGCCUCGGAGCAUUGCCCUGAAGCUGUACCUCACAAUACAAGCUUUGAUGACAGCCGAGCUUUCAUCAUCCGUGAUGUUUACAGCCUUUUACAAGUCUGUUUUAUGUCCAAGAGAGCCUCUGUAUAAUGUUGCCGCGACAUCGCAUAUCAGCACUGACAAUGUUUGGCAAGCUGAACCUGCCAAAAUAUUGAUUUGCCUAACAGACUUCACAGUCAGCUUCAUUCCCAACUGUCUUUCUGAGUCUCUCCUCCCCACCCUCCACCCCCCAGCACCCUCCAGUAUUGUUGCCCUGUAGUUGCCAUCAGAAAAAUUACACAGAUGUUGUCUGAACACUCAUGUUUUAUCAAGAGCAUGAAUUUCAUUGCAUUCUGUGCGCUGACAUUCCAUCAUUUGUCAUUUAGCAGGCACGGAGUGGCCAUAUGUCACAGUCACAUUGCAUUUCCCCUCGUGCCAUUUGCAAAACGUUCGCGUCCACCCUGGCUUCGCUUAUGCUUUAAAAAAGCAUAUUGGGUGAACCUUCUGGACUCUCGACACACACAAAAAUCUACAACACUGAGUACUGGGGAACACUGCCCAAAUGGGAAGAACAGGAACAACAACCACGCCAAGCUAUAUAUUUAAAAAUCAUAAUUAUAUUUCGAGCUCCUGGAACCCAAAACCUAAGAACAUGUUCCCAAAGCAUUCCUCCAUCCUCAUAUCCCCAGACAGAAAACCAUUGCAACUUCCAAAAAUGCAGAUGGUUUCAACGAUGCAGAUGGAAAUGACUUCGAAUAAAGAGCGUCCGCCAUUUACAUUGGACCCGAUUUCGUGGCUAGAGCAAGUCUUUUACAGGUAGGCCUCUGCCGUCGCCUGUUUUGCAGCCAUGCACAGCCUUGACUGGAAGGUGGGAAAGACACUCCGCUAUAGAUUUUCAAACUUUUUAAAAAUAAAAAUGCUGUAUUUGCAAGCAAUAACAUGGGUGCAAAAAGCUAGGAACCCAAUACUCGCUGGUUGCUAGAUUGCAGAAGAAGGCAGGAAGCAUAUGGCGGGGAGGGGUUAGGAGAAAACAGAUGAAUAAACACUGCUAUUUUGACACAGGAAUAGUAUGUGUUUGGGGGGGGGAAAUAAGUGAAAUGUUCUGCUGUGUAAUACUUGUCUGUCCAUACUACUACCAUCAACCCAGUAUCUGGGCUAGCACUGCCGGCUUUAAUAAUACACUCCAAAGAGGUGAUUAGUGCUUGAUCAUCAGCUCAUUCAGCUGCACACCCAGCCUCAAUCCAGUCUGAAUCCCCACUGAAAUUUCAAUGCAAUUGCUCCUUCUGUUCCAGUAGAACUUAAGCUCAGCUAAUUCUUCUCUGGACUGGGCCGCGUUUCCCACCCCAUUGCCAAGAGUCACAUGUGCAACGCAGUACAGCAUCCACCCAUUUGUGGUUUUUUUCAGAAAAGGAGCAUGCCAAAGCUUCUUCCAUGCACCACUUUCCCAGUAGCUCGGUGUGUGUGUGUGAAGCGAUCUUGAGAUGAAAGAGUCCCAUCUUCUUAAGAUAAGGAGCGUCCUGUUAUUUAAAGGAUAGUACUUAGCUGAACUAAGAUGGUAAUGAGCAGGGCAAGGCAGCAUAUCUGUGCUCCUCUUUCCUCUCCGCCUACAUGACCUUCAAGGCAAUUACUACCUAACCACUUAAGGAAACUUGAACAUUACUCUUACAUUGCUGGAGCAGCACAAGGAGGUGCAUUAGUGACCAAAAUCUGACCCUACCAGUCAUUUUAGCAUUUUAUAUACUGUCAUAAAUUUGAUCCAGAUGUAAUUUAAUGAUGGAUCCUGUAUAUCUUUCAUUCUCAAAGUUAAAUUUAAUUUGCUUGAUUUUGUUAUUGGGGGUUGGGAGGAAGGAACCUCAAUUUGCAUCCAAUGGAGAAAAAAAGCCUUGUGCAAUGACUUUGAAUGCACUUGUCCACUGUGAAUUUUAACUAUGUCCUAUGCAAUGUAAAUAGCUCAGAGAUGAACUCACAUUGAUAAAUGAACUAAAAGAGUGGUGACUUAAUUCAUUUUUUUUAAUUAAAAAAAAGCUGUGUAUAUAUUUUAAAAAUGUGAGCUGAUGUCUUUUAUAUAAUAGAAUUUGUGGGUUUUAAAAUAUAUAUGUAAUUAGUUCCUUCCUGUCUGGCGUUCGUAUUGUACCCUUAUCUGUAGGUAGCAGUAAUGCGCUCACCUGGUGGUUUGUUUGUUUGUUUUUUAAACAUAGCUUUUAUGCAUUUCAGACAAAAAAUGUUAUUUACACAUGGGAAAUUCUUAUUAAAAAUCUGACAUAAUUUUUUACAAA